CUCACUUUGUGUUUGAGCGCCUGUUUACCAACAGUGUGUAUCACAAUGGAUCGUUUUGUAUUUCAUAAAUACGCGCAGCCACAAACCAAAAACAGCUUAUUCAGGUGCUGUUUUAUGGAGCUGAGGGAGAUUCAAAGUGUCAGUCACUGACCGGGAUUAAGAAAAGUCUGAGGACGGGGACGAGGAAGGGGACCCGGAUAUUCUGUUGAGGACUCAUGUGUAGUCUAAGAAAUCAGCGAUCAUAACUACAGACUGUUUUAUUAUGAAGACAACAAGUGCAAAGGCUCUUCAUCCACCUCUCACCAUUCCCCUGUCCCUUCCACGUCAUCCCUGCUCCUCACCUGGCUUGGAAAACCCGUCCAAAGGCUCCCUCUCCAAUAUCUCUAACAUAUUGGAUAUUAUUCCUGGGAUACUCCAGGGCCAGCAGCUUUGAGUUCAGUAGCAGGGGAACCCUCUGGUACAUGGGGUUAGGGUGGAGUCGAUCCAGGAGGAGCUCUGAGGGAAGAGCACUCAGUGUUGGGGUCUCCAUGGCUCUGUGGACAAAAGGAGGGAGUGAUGAAUAAAAGGAUCCACAGGUGGAUGCACAGACGUGUAAAUCUUGCUCGAGUCCCACCUCUUCCGGUUUCUCCACUGCUUCCUUUGUCUGCGGCAGGCAAGGAUGACGAUAGUGAGGAAGACAGCAACUGCGAUUGAUGUUAGGGCGAUGACGAUGACAGACAUGGAGUAAGCUGGAGACGAUGACAUUGGUGGGAGGCGAGUCGUCUGACGCGGGCCUGGUGCUUCAGAUUUCAUCACUGAGAGGCAGAGACAGCAUUUGAUAAUAUCAGAGAUGAAUGAACAAGCUCUCCUCCCAGAAAUCCAGGCGGGAGAUGGGAGGACCCUGUCCAGGGCCGAGUUUCUCUCCCUCCUAAGAACAUACAACUGCUUCCUAAAGGACCAGACCCAGCUGCACCUCAGUUACUCUCAGGAUAAAGAUGGGGAGGUGAUGGUGGAAGGCUUCCUGAAUAUCUCCUGGGGAGUACGGAGGCUCAUUAGGCUCAAAAUACAGGAUGAUAAACAGAUGCUUCCCUUUGCUCCUCUGCUCUCACCUGACCCUGUCAGUCCAGUCAGCCCGCUCGGAAACAAAAGAGGUAUGACACGGUGGGGGGAGUAUGUUGACCUCCACCAGAUAGAUGAGAUGUCAGAGACACCGCAGGACGCAGUGAUCAAAAAUCCUCUACCAGGCCCACCUGUUUAUGAGAGCAGCACUCUGCGUCCUCUGAGGCAGAAGAGCUGCGAGCUGGAGGCUGAGUCCAAUCUGUUUCGCUGCAUGAGCGACGCCUCAUUGGUCAAGAGGAGGAGGGGGAAGGGGAAGUCAGCAGCACAGAGAGAGAAAGAGAAACAACAUCGCUUCUCUAUCAAUGGACACUUCUACAACUACAAGACAUCAGUCUUUACUCCAUCGUUUGGUACUCCAACUAAAGUUCGUAUCAACAGCAGGAUGAGCACAGAUCAGGUGAUUGUACAGCUGCUUAACAAGUUCAAGAUUGAGAAUGAUCCCCAGGAGUUUGCUCUGUACUGUGUUCACCAAAGUGGAGAAAAGAGGAAGCUCAGUAACCAUGACCAGCCUCUAUGGGAGCGUAUACUACAGGGACCCUCUGAUGACAUCAUGAGGAUCUUUUUGAUGGACAUGGAUGAAGAGGAAGUCAGCGAUGAUGUGGCCCAGUAUCUAAACUUGGAGUUCCCGAUCCUGGAGCAAGUUCUACUGAAACUCAGAGAGGAGGAGAACAGAGAGAUUCAAAGGGUCGUCAGCAAGUACCACAACCAGCAUAGACUCCUUCUACAUACGCUGAACUGUAAGACGUCACCUCACACUGAGACAAGCGUCUGAUCCUUGAACCACCUACACAAAUCCAGUCAUCCAUCACAGCACUGCUGUACGGAUGAACAAGUAGCUGCUGAAAACUUGGGGAAAGUAGUUUUUUUAUGCAAAUUCAUUAACUUUAUGAAAAGAAAAGUAAAAGAUGAUGUUUUGAAGUGAUACAUCAAAAUGAAGAGUACCACAAGAUCAAAAAAGAAAGAUAAACUAAAACACAUGAUGGUUUUUUUAGCCCUACAAUUUGAAGUCUCAUACAUCCCUUGCAUUCAAUACAUACUAUUUUUUCACUUUUUUUCUUUAAACUGUAAAGUAAGUGAAGUUGUAAGAUGCUGUAAAUAUUUGUAAAUCAAUUAUUUGUCUUUAUUAAUAAAUGUUAAUUGUGAA